UGAGUAUUUCACUGUGACUAAGAAAUGGAUUACUGGAAGAUUCAGCUUGCUGUUGUGACUUUCUGUGCUUUGGUGCAAACCUAUCAGGCACUGUCUUCUACUGUGGAAGAGGACAGAGGGCUAUAUAAAGACUGGCAGGAUGAGUCACUGGAGGCAAGUCUGACCCACCCGCUGGCCAGUCUGAUGAAAAGAUCUAAAGCCCUUCACUUCUAUGGACUCAUGGGGAAACGCUCAGGUAUAAAGAAACAUUUUCAAGUGAAUAGACGAAAUAAAGGAGAGACGUUUGUGGGCCUGAUGGGAAGAAGCCUUUCCAGUGGAGAAUCUUUAACCAGAAUAAUUCCAUCUGCAACAACCACUGAGAUCGAUGUUUCGGAGAAACCACACAAGCAAGGUAUGAUUGUAUCAGUAUAAAAACCUGAGGUUGUUUUAUUUCUAUGUGCAUUCUUACAGUGGUAUUGUCGUCACUUUUUAUAUUCUCUGCAAAUUAAAAAUAUCUGAAUUUAUUAUCCCACUAUUUGGCAGGUUUAUCAGAGGAAUGGAUCCAAAUCCUGUAUUGAUGGAGCUUGAAAAAAGAAGUACAUAAUACUAUGAUCUAUACAAUUUUACACCAACCAAAGACA